UGUCACCAUUUCCCUUACUCUCCCUUCUCACUCGACUGUUUGCCCUACUCGGGGUUGGUUUGGGAAACGCCGUUGUGUGAGAUGAGGGAGAGCUGGCCGGGAGGAAACACUGCUGCAGCAAGAGCAUACGAGUGCGCACUCUCUUGCCAGAUCUUUGUUGCCACCGUCCGCAGCCGCUGUGUUUACAAGCAGCCUCAUGGCUGUGUAUGCAGAACCCAGGAGCAGCCAUCCAAGAGGAAUAAAUCCCUUGGCAACUGACUCCACAUUGCAAAACAAGGUGACCAGACUACUUUUACUUCCUAAAACGAGACUGAGAAUUUCAGAAACAGGGCCAUGUGACUCCUUAAAGUCACACUGGGAGGAGCGGGCGGCGUCCUCCCAAGCACAUAAGCAUAAUCUAAGCAUGAGAGGAGAAACAGGGAGAGAGUCAGGGGGAGAGGCAACAAAACUUUGCUUAUUUAAGGAGGCAGAGAUAUGUUUUGAAAAGCAGAGUCUGUCCCAGGCAGCACCAUUUAAUGCAGUGAGUUGUGCUUUUGUGGACAAGCUCAGAAAGCCUGGAUUUGGUUCCCAGUCUCCCUUUCUUCUGUCCUUCCCAAAAGGAUUAACAAUCUCUAACUCUCAGCUAAAAUGCUGAGCAUGAUGGAAAUGAGGACCUGGAUUGAGCCUGUUGUUGCUGGGGCGCAGCUUGCCAGCGCUUUCUAUGAUACGGGGCUGCUGAUGGAGGUCAAGAAUUACUACAACCAGACCAAUUCCUCUUCCCUCACCUACAGUGAGGCUGAGCAGCAGAAAGCCAUCUCCAACUUCUACAUCAUCUACAAACUCAUUGACAGCCUGACUCCGCUGCUGACUGCUUACAGCCUGGGUCGGCUGGGUGAUUCCAAGAGCCGGAAGAUCUCCCUCUGUGUACCCCUGGGGGGCUACCUGAUCUCUCGGAUGCUUCUGCUCUUUUUGAUCCUUUUCUCAUGGCCAAUUGAGGUGAUGUACGGGGCUGCUGCCUGGCAUGGGCUAGCAGGAGGGUUCGCUACCUACUGGGCCAGCGUCAUGGCCGUGGGAUCCCAGGGCUCCUUGGAGAGCAGGAGAACAUUACGCCUCAUCAUUAUUGAGCUUGUCUAUGGCAUCGCCGGCUUUGUGGGGAGCAUUGCGUCCGGCCAUCUCUUUGUCAAUUUCCACCUCAAGUAUCGGCAAGGCACAGUGUUGGUUGCUUGCAGCGUUGGUUUAUAUGCUUUUUGUCUCCUCUACAGCAUGCUUGUUCUCCGAGUUCCCAAGCCUGAAGGUUCUUGCCUAGCUGCUUCCAUGGUCACGGACCAUCCUGAGAACAAGCUGGAUGAAGAUGACAGAAAUUCUGUCUUCCAUGAAACAGAAAGUCUUCCUCCAGUGGUUCCUUCCAAGCUCAUCCUUGCCAUGCUCUUUCUAGGGGCCGUCAUGUAUGACUUAGCUGUAGUAGGAGCUAUGGAUGUGCUACCACUCUUUCUGCUCAAAGAACCUCUGAGCUGGGGACCAGAAUAUAUUGGCUAUGCCAACGCUGCUGGCUAUACCAUCUUCAUCACCAGUUUCCUUGGAGUCUUAGUGUUCUCCAAAUGUUUAAGAGACACCACCAUGAUCAUGAUGGGGAUUGUGUCCUUCUCAGCCGGGAUUCUCAUCAUGGCCUUUGUGCGUCAAACAUAUUUGUUUUACAUUGCUCGUGCAGUGAUGCUGUUUGCCCUUAUUCCCAUGCCAACCAUCAGAUCUUUGUUAUCCAAACAUGUAGGAGAAUCAUCCUAUGGAAAGGUGUUUGUUCUGCUGCAGCUGUCGCUGGUGCUCACAGGUGCUGUGACAUCGACAAUCUAUAAUAAAAUCUAUCAGGGAACGCUUGACUGGUUCAGCGGGUUGUGCUUUCUGCUGUCGUGCAGCGUAGGCUGCCUAAGUAUCAUUCCCAUCAGCAUCAUAGCAUAUAAGCAGCGAGUAUCAUCCGGUUCGCAGGAGAUUUUAACUGAAUGAGAGCAGAAAGGGGCUGUCCUUUUUUCAGAAGCAGACGCAUGGAAUGGAAGCAAUUCCACCAUCCAGUGGCUCGAUGGAUCAGCUUGAUGGAUCAGAGGUCACUUCAGUGUUGAGGCUGUACUGCGAGAGAUGCUGAACUUUUAGGAAUUAUCCUUACCAUUGACAGGAGUUAAAAGGGAGAGGUGCCCAGACAACACGUGAGAUUAGUAUUUACAAGGAGCGGUUGCCAGUGCCUGCUCAAGUUUGCAGCCACUAGGUGGAAAACAUAGGACGAAAAGAAAAGAAAACCGGCAAAACCUGUUUGCUCAAUGGCAGCAGUGGAACAAAAGAGAUGUACAUACUACAGGAAGUAUUUUCCAAACAUUUCCAGCAGUCUAAGCCAGAGCCUACACACAAAUCCUAAACUGAAUCAACAUCUUCACAAGUUCAACCCCCUCACAGAAUGGCAGCUUAUGAAGACUGCCAUAAGAAGAUUCCAUUUCCUAAAGAUACAGCAAUCACCACCCACAGUUCAGGUUUCUAAUCCCAUCAAUCAGAUGGGUUGUUUCUGACGUCCCCUUUAAGUUAUCCAGAAUCCAGCGCUACAAGUAGUAAACCAGAAUGGCAUAUAGUUUUCUGACAAUGGAUGUACCACAUUUUGCUUUCAGAAUUUUUUCCAAUAGAAUCUUUCAAACCUUUGAUUUGCCUUUUUCCCAUGGAUGUAUUUUGGUGAACUAUCUAAAGUGAUCUCUGAGAUCUUGGGGUGGGGUCAGUGAUGGGAAGCAUUUAAGACAAUAUAUAGGCUGAGAUAGCACACAUCAAGGCACAGUAGCUAUUAAUUUUUUUUAAUGCAUUUAUCAGUCCAGCUCUUUCUUGAGGUAAAAGACACUAGCAUCAUAAAUGUACCAUUUUCUUGAGCAAUAUAAAUUAGUUCACUCCCCCUCAAAAGUGCUCCAAUUAUAUAGCAAACGCUCCACAAUGUUUUUGCACACAGGCUUGUAAAAGGGUGAGCAGACCCUACUGGCACCUCAGUGAGGCACAAUUCCCUGGGGAGGCACUUUGCAAGCCCCAUAGUGCUCGGGGGAAGCCGGUAUUCCCCGUACUAG